CGCGACAACAGACCCGUUUACAUAACAAUCAAGCUUUGUUAAUUGUGUCCAAUGAAUCUGGCCGGCAAAGUGGUCCUCAUCACCGGUGCGAGCAGUGGCAUCGGUGCGGCGACCGCGCUUAAGUUCUCGCAGCUCGGUGCAUCGCUUGCGCUAACCGGACGCAAAGUAGACAACCUGAACGAUGUCGCUAAACAGUGCACCGGAUCGGCUGGCUCCCCGUUCGUGGUCGCUGGAGAUAUUACCAAGGAGGCCGAUACGGAGCGCGUGCUGAAGGCCACCAUCGAGAAGUACGGCAAACUGGACGUGCUGGUGAACAAUGCGGGUAUCAUCGAGACGGGAACCAUCGAAACGACCAGCCUGGAACAGUUCGAUCGGGUAAUGAACACCAACAUCCGGUCGGUGUACCACCUCACGAUGCUGGCCGUACCACAUCUCGUACAAUCGAAGGGCAACGUGGUGAAUGUGUCCAGUGUCAACGGGAUCCGCUCGUUCCCGGGUGUGCUGGCGUACAACAUCUCGAAGAUGGCGGUCGAUCAGUUUACGCGCUGCGUCGCCCUCGAGCUAGCCGCCAAAGGAGUGCGUGUGAACUGCGUCAACCCAGGGGUGACGGUUACCAACCUGCACAAGCGAGGCGGCAUGGACGAGCAGACGUACGCCAAGUUUCUGGAGCACUCGAGAAACACCCACGCCAUGGGCCGGCCGGGACAGGCGUCCGAGGUGGCCGAUGCCAUCGUGUUUCUGGCCAGCGACACGUCGUCUUUUGUAACCGGAGCCAGCUUGCCAGUGGACGGAGGCCGUCACGCCAUGUGCCCACGCUAGUGCCAAAACGUAGGUGUAAGACGAAAACGAAAAACGCAUUCUCAUUCUUGUUACAGUAGAAAGCUUAUUUUACUUCGAUACGCUUCGAAUAAAAUGCUCUUGAUUU